AUGAAGGGAGUGAGUCUUGCUAUCCUGUGCUGCGUCCUGGCGGCGGCCUCGGCGAACAAUGGGCGAGGAUCCACCAGGUUCUUCGGCACCGGGGGACACCAAAGCCCCAGCCAGUGUAGGUACUGGUGCAGGAAUCCUGAGAACCAAGUGUACUGCUGUGAGAACACCUUUGAGCCCGAGGGCCCCGUCGGCACCAAGCCUCUCAACUGCCCCAUCGUGCGCCCCACAUGCCCGUUCAACGUGCGCGGCCUGCGCCCCAUCACCUGCUCCAACGACUAUAGGUGUGGCGGAGUUGACAAGUGCUGCUUCGACAGGUGCCUGCAGGAACACGUGUGCAAGCCCCCCUCCUUCUUCGGCUGA